AGGUCGGUUGUCGUGACAGCCACAUAGUGUUGAGAUUUUGGUGACUGUGACUCAUUUCUUACGGGCUUAACGUACUUCUCGGAGCCUCGCGGUGCUCUGGCCGAGAUGGACGGCGCUGGUCUAGUUUACCAGCAGAUGGUGCACGCUUUUACCGACGCCUACGCUAACGCCCUGUGCGCCGCCCGCCCGCCCACGCCCGACAGCGACUACGGCUCGCUCAGCCCCGCGUCGUCGCCGCCUCCGAGUCCUACCAGAGUCUGCCUAUCCACAGCGACCAAGCCGCCGGGAGCCUCCGACGCCUGGGCGCCCUUCACGAUGGCCCAGCAGGGACAGCAGGCGUCCGCCCCUGCCGUCUCCCCUUCCACGUACCCGGCAUACCCAGAUUACGCCCAGCUCUAUGCCACGUCGGGACUCAUGUACAGCAAACACAGCGGCGGCAGCCCUCCUCACAGGGGCGCCUCUGCCUCCCCCUCCGCGCCCCAAAGCGCGCCUCAUCACAACCAACACAAGGUCGACCUCCACAGAUCUUCGUCGGCGUUCCAGGCGAGUCCGAGCCCCCUGUCCGCCAUGAAGGCCCCGCCGUCACCCCUCGUGUCCAUCGAGAACAAGCGGGAGCAGCAGCGCCUGGGGGUCCCCAGCGCCGCGACGACGCCCUCCUCCAAGACGGCCAGGACCUCCCGCUCCAGCAGCGGCGUCCGGUGCGGCGCCAGGAAGCAGCGGACGGGCCGCGAGGUGACGGACGGCGUGCGGAAGAAGCGGAGACUCGCCGCCAACGCCCGCGAGCGCCGCCGCAUGGACAACCUCAACCAGGCCUUCGACCGACUUCGAUCCGUCCUCCCGCAGCUGUGCGACGAUCAGAAGCUCUCGAAGUACGACACCCUGCAGAUGGCGCAGACCUACAUCACGACGCUAGCCGAGCUCAUCUAGCCCUCGGGUCGGCCGACUCGAGGCUUAGAGGAUGUCCCCCCCCCACGCCCCCGCGGUCUGCUUGCUCAUGUGUCGAGUUAUUGCAGGACCAAUUCCUCGGAAAGGUCUUGCAAGAGGCACGCCAUCAC